AUGGUCGCUUUUUCUCGCGCUGCGCUAUCGUCGCAGCUAUCCGCCGUAGCCCGUCCUGUCUCGCUAUGCCGGUGCAUCCACUCGUCUCCCUUCAGAUCAGCCGUUGCACACCCAGUCACUGCCCAUGGUCCUCCUCCUCAGGCCCCAGAGUUGAAAGAGACCUCAAAAUCGAAUGAUGGGGAGCUCCCAUCUUCCGAGGGAGCUUCACGAUACAAUCUCACCAAUGCGCUAAAGAAGCGGUUUUGGAAGGAUGUCCAUGUGCAGGGAAAGUCAGAUGAAUAUCAAGUCCUGCUUGACAAGCGACCCGUCAGAACGCCGGCGAAAGAAGUCCUUACGAUUCCCUCCACAAAGCCUCAUCUCGCCCAUGCUGUUGCGCUGGAGUGGGAUGUGAUGCCAUCCGCCCAAAGUGCGCUCAAAAGUCACCUUAUCCCCAUGACCUCCCUCGCCGCCCGCGCCGCCGAUAUUGCCCGCGAAGAUGCCGAGGGCAAAACCACCACCAGACAACAGAUUAUCACAACCGCCAUGCGUUACCUAGACACUGAUACCCUACUCUGCUGGGAGCCUGAGCGACAAAUGCACGUGUUAGAACGGACGACGGCCGACGGAAAGCCUAUCGAGAGUCUCCGCCAGAUUCAAACGAGGAUCGCGGGAAAUAUCAUGAGCUUUUUGUCUACCAAGGUCUGGCCUGGCCUUGAAAUCAUUCCCAUUCUCGACACCAAUAGCAUUCUACCUCUCUCCCAACCGAAGGGUACGAAAGACAGUAUCCGCACCUGGGUUUCGGAAUUAUCUGCGUAUGACUUGGCCGGCCUUGAGAGGGCAAUCCUUGCUUCCAAGAGUCUUCUCAUUGCGGUCCGUCUGGUGGUGGAAUGGAGUGAGAACUUCCGCCACGUUCAGCGACCCGAGACCAAGAAGUUCGGUAUCGAGGAGGCGGCUGAGGCAUCGAGUCUGGAGGUGACCUGGCAGACUGACAUGUGGGGCGAGGUUGAGGAUACUCACGAUGUUGGCAAGGAAGACUUGAAGCGACAAUUGGGCAGUGUUGUGAUUUUGGUGAGUGGAGAGACUCGAUAA